UGCAGAUCAUUAUCCAGCUCGGGAAAACCAGAUGUUCCUUGUUCUCUGUACAUGAAAGAACUACAGGGUUUUAUCGGAAGAGUCAUGAGUGACUACUUCAGACAUUUUGAGUGCUUUGACUUUGUCUUUGAUAACACUGAAGCCAUGGCACAAAGAGCAAUUGAACUUUUCAUUCGCAAUGCCAGUCUAAUAAGGCCCCUUGGUGAAGGCGGGAAGAUGCGGCUUGCAGCAGAUUUUGCACAGAUGGAGUUAGCAGUAGCACCGCUCUGCCGCCGAGUCUCUGACCUGGGCAAAUCUUACAGGCAGCUGAGGUCAUUCAGACCACUGCUGUUCCAGACCAGUGAGCAUAUUGCCAGCAGCCCAGCCCUGGGAGAGGUUAUUCCAUUCAGCAUUAUUCUUCAGUUCUUAUUUACAAGAGCACCGCCAGAGUUAAAAUCACCCUUCCAGAGGGCUGAGUGGUCCAUUGCCCGCUACUCUCAAUGGCUCGAUGAUCAUCCUUCUGAGAAAGACAGGCUUGCACUCAUACGUGCUGACCUGAGCGGAAAUGUGAUACACAUCGGAGUGUGAAGCAUCUCUCUUCAUCUUGACAGCAUCCGUGAGCCAUCCCUGCCCGCACCUCCCACCUCCGUUCAGUUCUCACCACGUGCUCUGCAUGUGUCCCCAUUGCCACCAUGGACCUGCAGGACUGAGAAACACAUUGACCCGCUCUCUUUUCCCCUGUCUCGUCUUCUCAUGGGAUUUAAAGCUUACCUGGGGACGUGGCCUGUCUCUGCAGUCAGUGUUGGUGAUGGGAGCAAGGUGAGCUGCCCCUGGAGAUGUGAGGGCAGCAAGCAGUUUUGUAUCAGCUGCUUCCAUUCCUGUAGGCUCCAUGAUACUCUCAGAGGGAAAAGCAGGAUGAAAGCUUUCAGGGAGCUGACCAAGUACAGAAAGGCAGCUCUGUUACAGCUAGAUCAAAUAUUCAGUCCCUGCCAUUCUGCUUGUGAAGAGGCAUAAUUUUUCUCUUACUGCUUCUUGAUAUGUCAAA